AUGGAGGAGCCCGAAAACACAGAUACCAUGAACUUGCAAGCUCCAAACCAGCCUCUCAAUGACAACACUACAGAAAUUCAUCGAGGGCCUGGAAGACCUCGGAAACAGGCUGUGAGGUCAAUAACACAGGUUCAGACAGUGGAUGGCCCUGUGCAUAUGGAACCUGGGAUAAAUAUGCAUCAGCCACUUGCUCCUAUUUUUCUUCCUCAAGCAGUUGCAGCAGUCCCAGAUCAGGUGCCAGUUUCUCUUCCAUCAGACCAAAACCCAAUAUCAGAGCCAACAUAUCAUGAAGAAGUUGAGACUUUUGUUCUUCCUGCACAUGAUCCUUUACAGCAAUUGGAUGACUCACCAGGUGAGGAUGAUUUGGACAGUUUUCUUGGACUAGGCAACAGCAAUGGGAUUAAUGGUGAUGCUGCAAGUGCUGAGGGAGACUUUACUGAGGAUGAUGGUGAAACUUCUGGGCAACUGCCAUCACUGGUCUUGGAUGCAUUCUGGAAAAAAAUUGAGUAUCUCAAGGGUUUGACAGAAGGUCAAGGGCGAUCAGCCAAACACUUGGUUUAUGAGAAGCUUCAUUAUUCAUACAUCUGGUACAAGUACUAUUGCUUGUUCUGGGAUAUUGGUUUGCCAUGGUUAUUAUGCAAUCAGUGCAAGCCUGUCCACGCUUUCUCAAGCUGCAAUCCUUUAGUCAUAGCCAAGCUACCUAGGCCUCUUGCUGCACAAUUCCCUGCCUACCUUAGUAAACGAAGUGGUCUCUCAAAGCAGGUUUUUGCUAUCAUGUGUUGCUGCUUUCAAAAUAGCUUGGGAGCCAAACAAUUUGCAGAUAGCCUAAAUGUUCUUCACCACCGAUUUCAUGAUAUGCUGGAAGUUCAGUAUUUGCAAACUGUUCUUGAACGUGAGAGUGGAUUAUACAAGCCUUUUCUUUCCUUUGAGUCCAGUCCAAGUGCUGCACCCUCUGGCCAAUACUGUCGGGAUAUUUAUGAUAAAGAAAUUGAAGCUCACGAAAAGGAGUUUGAUCAACAUACUGCUCAAUUAUCAUCUUGUGGUAUGGGUAUUGACCAUUCACACAAGAUUACCAAACAAAUUGCAAAGAUCCAGGCAAUCCUUAGCUUCAUUGACACCUUUUCACAUCUUGAUGGGGACAAACUGGUUGUUGGCCUAGAUACUGAAUGGGAUGUUGAUCUAUCAGCACAAAGACAAGGUGUACCUGAUCGUCAAAAAACUGCAAUCAUGCAGAUUGCUUAUGGUAAUGAAGUAUGGAUAUUUCAGUUGAGUGAACAUAUUGCUAAUGGAUCAUUUCCUGCUCAAUUGUCAACAUUUUUGGCAAAUUCUCAAAUUCUCAAAGUUGGAAGAAAUGUUUCAUUGGACUUGAAAAAUCUGCAAGAAGAUAGUGAAUCCUCUACUCCAUUUGUUGGAGAUGAACAAAUCCAAUAUGCUGCACUUGAUGCUUGGGCUUCUCUUAAAAUUUAUGAGAAGCUAACUAGUCUGCGGAUCCCAGUUCCUGUAAAGUUUGCAAAUGCACUUCCUGCAGGAGAUCAGAUUUUUGUUUUUCAUGAAGAUCGCACUACUAUUAUUGCUCGUGGAAUUAUCUCACCUGCUCAAUUCAAUAGCUUUGAAGGGAUUAAUAUUACGAAAACACAAGUACUCAUUCAGGUUGAAGAGAUCUAUGUUCCUGGUGCUAAAAUACAUUUGCACCACGAGCAACCUCUUUCGUUAUUUGGUCAAACACCAUUUAAUAUGGUCUGCAGAAGAAGCCAAGUCAAGACAUUUGUCCCAGAAUUCAUCCCUGCUCAACAUGGCAAUACCAUACCAAUUCCCAAUGCCUCUGAUUCUUCUAGUAAUGUGUCAGACAUUGAUCCUUUAGCAGAACUGGAAAUGGACUCCAAUUUUGUAUUUCAGACAGACAAUCCAGAUUUUGUAGAAGCAAAUAAAACUCAGACGUCAGUCACCGUAAAGUGA